AAGCCCUUAUUUAAAAUUUUGUAAUUGUUUUAAUGGUAAUGAUACUGCCUUCAAUCCAAUACUGGGGACUAUAAGUCGAACAACGUUGCUAGACCAAAAACAUAAAAUAAUUAGUGUAGGAGAACUUGACUUGAGAUUAUGAGUAAAUGUGUUUUACCAUCAAAGGGAGGUGAAAAGACGUCAUUGCCUUAUUCUGUCUCUAUAAAAAGAGAACCACUCAAAGUUCAGGGGCGUUUGCAACUGGUGAGCUUCAUUCCAUCGAGUCCUCCUAAGAGCUCCACAUUUCUUCCUUCGGUACGCUACUUGCAGUUUUCAUUUGUUUGCUAUUGUGAUUGCAGCUCUUGAUUACUCUUCCGAACAAUUUGUUGCAGUAGUUCUACGUUUCCUUCCACUAAUUCUUUGCUUUGCUUUCCGACGUCUAGAGAAGCUAUAGAUCACAUUCGCUUUAUGUGUCUCACUCUGUUCGUACUUUUUUGAACUGGAUGCCAUUAGAUGAUUCCUUUGUUUUUCACUCAUACAUCCCCGAAUCUCUGUAGGAAUAGACUUGAUUCAUCUUCGACUGUCUAGGAAAAAGGUGAAUUAUAUGCAGAUCAAAUUAUCUUGCAUGACGGUUAAAGUUCAAAGCUAGGCUUCUGAGGAGCAGUUGCUUGAUUCUCUACAUCAGACACCCGUUUCAGGCGGUGAGCUUUCAUAGGAUUUUGAGACAUUGAUCACAAUGGAGUCCAAAUUCCCUGAAUUCACUUCCCCUGUUGACGGUUUCAAGGAUGAUAGCCUCACUCACCCAGCCAUUUCCUAUCAUUCCCGAAAUCUCUGUAAUGCAGUCAUAAUCAAUGAACCUCCUGUUAUUUCCAACUCUGCAGAAAUGAUUUCUCUCCCGCACCAACCCGAACCCAUAUAUUAUGUACCAUCUGUUCCCAUUAACCUCGAUGGAGACCUGAAUCUUCCAUCAACAGAUACAAGACCCAAUUUAGGGAUGCUUCAACAUUCGACUAGCUCCAGUGACAGCCCAAAUAAAGGGGGGGAGUCACUUUCCCUCUCAGAUCACAGCAAUUCAACGGAUCCUGUUCUCAAAUACAUAAAUCAAAUGCUUAUGGAAGAGAAUAUGGAGGAGCAACCCUGGUUCGUUCCCAACAUCGUGGCUCUACGGCAUACAGAAAAGUCCUUGUAUGAUGCACUCGGCAAGAAAUACCCAGAUUCCCCCGAGCAAACCGAACAGGCUGAUACCAAUCAGGUCAUUAACAGCUCAAGUUGUAAUCCUUGGGGAAGCAGCGGUGAUCAAGGAAGUAAGGGCACUACCAGCACCAGCUUUAACUCUUUCCAUCCUCUGGAUCCCAAUUCACAUGAUGAUCCGGAAGGAAAUGAUGAUGCUUCCAUUCAUGCCAACAGUCCUGGUGACGUAGUCUUGCAGCCAAACAUGGAUCGCAAUAUUCAGUCCUACAUCAAUUCCGUAAACAGCUUGCCUAAUUAUGGGGAUAAGUUUUGUUACUCGGUUCCAAGGGAGCUACUAAUUAGGCAUGUCUUCAACAGCAAUGAGUCUGUCCUGGAAUUUAAUAAAGGGUUAGAGGAGGCCAGGAAGUUCAUCCCUAGUAGCAUUCAUAGAACUAUCAAUCAGGAGAAAGAUGGAUUGGCUCCAACGAUCAGAGAGAAGGAAGAAAUUGGCAUCGAUGGUAGCAAUCAGUCAGAGAUUGGGUCAAGGGGGAGAAAGAAUCAUGAAAGGCAUUAUGCCAGGUUCGAAGAAGGGCGGGCCAACAAGCAAUUGGCUUCGUACAGUGAAGACUCUGAGCUUUCAGAUUUGCUUGAAAAGUUGUUGCUCAGCAACAAAAAUGGGGGGCUCCUAUCAUUAGAGUGCAAAUCGGAGAAGUCAAGUGAAAUCAAGGAUCGUCAUGAUCCUAAUGGUAUUGGAUUUCGUAGUAAGAAGAAGGGAAACGAGAGCGCAUCGGACUUCGGGAAUCUUCUGACUCUCUGUGCACAAGCUGUCUCUACUAAUGACUUCAAGACCGCUCGUGAACUGCUAAGGCAAAUAAGACAAGAUUCAUCCCCCUCCAGUGAUGGUUCCCGAAGGGUAGCCCACUACUUUGCCAAUGCUCUGGAAGCACGCCUUGCAGGCAGUGCUGGUAGAAGUCGAGCUUUUUACUAUUCCGUUAUCCAGAAGAGAUCGGUAGCUGAUAAGUUGAGAGCAUACCAACUUCAUCAUUCAGCCUGUGCAUUCCCGAAAUUCUCAAUCCUCUUCUCAAACUACAUGAUUUUGAAAGCAGCAGAAACAGCAACAGUGCUUCAUAUCAUAGACUUUGGUAUUAAUUUUGGUUUCCAAUGGCCAAUCCUUAUCCAACAGCUCUCAAAGAGAACCGGAGGGGUUCCGAAGCUGCGAAUCACAGGAAUAGAGCUUCCACAACCUGGAUUUCGUCCUUAUGAAAGAAUUGAUGAAACAGGUUGCCGUUUGACCAAGUAUUGUGAGCGCUUUCAUGUACCUUUCGAAUUCCAAGCGGUAGCUUCAGCAAGCUGGGAAUGUAUCAAAGUUGCAGAUCUCAACAUUCGUAGUGACGAGGUGGUUGCCGUGAAUUGUCUUGCUCGAUUUGAGCAUCUCUAUGAAGAGACAGUUGAGGUGAACUGUCAGCGAGAUAUGGUCUUAAACCUCAUCAGGAGUAUGAAACCUCAUGUCUUUAUUCAUGGUAUAAGAAACGGAUCCCACAACGCUCCAUUUUUCGUAACAAGAUUCCGUGAGGCUCUUUUUCACUUCUCUACGAUUUAUGAUAUGUUUGACACUACCGUAGUACAUGACAAUGUACAGAGGUUGGUUCUGGAGAGAGAUUUCUUUGGGCGAGAGAUUAUGAAUAUUGUGGCAUGUGAAGGAAUGGAGAGGGUUGAGAGGCCCGAAACAUAUAAGCAGUGGCAAGUUCGUCUUACCAGAGUUGGUUUCCAGCAGCUUCCUCUGGAUCAGGAGUUCAUAAAGAAGGCUAGGGCUAAGUUGAGUGGAGAUUACCACAAGGAUUUCAUGCUUGAUGAAGAAAACAACUGGAUGCUUAUUGGUUGGAGGGGUCGGAUAAUUUCCGGUUGCACCUGUUGGUCAUUAGCGUAGUUCAUUCCGAAAGUAUGUUUUCUAUCAUAAUAAGCCACGACUUGAGAAAUUCUUCCUGAAUUGCCAGAUGAGUAUCAUGUGCAAGAGACGCUGAGAUCAUAAGAAGAAGCCAACACAAUAUAGUCAAAUCUUAUAAAGGUCAAGCAUAAUUGCUGUAAAUCAUCUCAACAGAAGAUGUUACAGGAGAAGGAUCUCAGCCCAAUGCCGUUUUGGGCAGAACUACGAUAGACAAAACUUAUUUAGUAGGAGGAUUUCAAUCAAAGAUUUUGGAUUAUUGUGUGGAAGACAUCUUUAUUAGUGUGUGUUAUACAUGUAGUGCAUUGCCAACUCCACAAGUUUGUUUCUUGCGGAGGCAUAGAGCCUCUGCUUCUUGUUUGUGGUUUGGGCGAAAGAAGUUUCAUGCGAAAUGUUGCAUUACUUCUCCGAACGAAUGGAAUUGUUUCUUGGCUCUUCCGUAGCAGAGCAUUGGCCUUAGAUUAAACAACUUAAAUUAUACUUGCUAGUUUUAUUUGUCUGUAA